AGAUAGUUUUCUGUGGGUUGACACAAACGAAGAAAUAGGUUGAGUUGAAAUCGUUUAUGGUUUAUAAUAAAAUGUUUAAAAUUAGGGUGCUUUUGCAAUUCUCAAAAUGCCUGACAAAUACUGGAUCGCUAAAAAUACCUCAGGUAACCAAAGUCGGAAAGUUUUCGUCUUGGACGCAAAAGACUGACUAUUUAUGCGGUGCUACACUAUUUAAAAAUUAUAAUGUUAGAACUUACGCGAAAGGCAAAGAUAAAAAGAAGGAAAAAGGCAAAACUAAGGUGGCUAUAGAUGAAAACCAGCUGUCAGAAGUGAUUAAUGUAGAAACUCUAAAGACGCAAUUGGAAAAGGCGGUUUUCGGGUUAGAGGAAGACUUUGUAAAAAACUUAUCCCUCCGUUCUACAGCAGGAGCUAUUGAAUCAAUACCGGUAACUGUAGAUGGUACAACACAUUCACUGCAGGAAAUCGCGCAGAUAGUUAGGAAAAAUCCGAAAAUGGUGGUGAUAAAUAUGUCCGCUUUUCCCCAAUAUAUACCGGACGUGGUAAAAGCGAUCGGAAAGUCUGGCAUGAAUUUAAAUCCACAGCAAGAUGGCACCUCGCUAUUUGUACCUAUUCCGAAGGUAACAAAAGAGCACAGAGAGGGCCUGUCCAAAAGUGCGAAACAAUUGUUUACGAGGAGCAGAGAUACAAUCAAGGACAUUCAAAUAAAAUAUGUUAAGCAGAUAAAAAAGAAAGAGAAAAUAUCAGAAGAUCUGGUGAGGAGUGUGGAACAACAAAUAAUCGCGAUUGCAGAUAGUUACAUUCAAGAGGCGGAAAAAUUGUUGCUGAGAAAACAGGAAGAGCUGCUAGGGAAGGAUUAAUUGAAAUUAAAAACUUUAUCGU